GGGGCGGGCGGUGCCCGGGACCCCGCCGGGCCUGGUGCCCACCUGCCCCGGGCCCGGGAGCCCCAACACUUCCCUGCAUCCUCGUCCUUCGUGGCUCUCAUGCAUCGCGGUCCCCAGAGGUGUUUUGGAACGAGGAUGAGCCUCUUGGUCAGUACCAAGAGCUGGAGAACGAUCACAGUGAACACCCACCUGUUUUUUCCAGAGCAGCACAACUGGUCUAUGUGGAACACACUGGGAAGCCAAGGGGGUGACUGCCUGUGCUGUUUAUUUUUAUGGCUGUUGACAGCACUGAAAAACUUCUCUCAGCACACCCAGAUUGCAGCAUUGAUGGCAGAGAUUGGGAUGGAUGAACAAGGAUUAGCCCUCACAAUGGUACAAGGUGGGCCGUAUCUCCAGAUAACAAGCCUUGUUGAAAAAAGCUCUGCAGUUAAUGAUGGAAAGCUGAAACCAGUAUGAGUGAAAACACAGAGGAUGAAGAUGACACUGGGUCCAGUAGUGAUGGUGGAUGCUUGGAUGCUUUUCAGUAUAAAUCUUCACAGUUACUGUGGUGAGUUCACUCAUGUUACCAGCAAUAUCCAGAAUUUGGCAAAUAUCUGAUACAGGCCAGACCCUGGACUAGGCACAGUGUGAUGCUGUACUCCACAAUGCUGCUGGGGCAUUGUGCAAUCCUGGUUCCAGGCCAGUGGUGUUUGACCUCCUUCAUGCUGAGACCUCUUCCUCCUGCCCUUCUGUAUCACAUGCAUCCUGUCUGUAAGACUUGGCUCUGCUUCAGAACAGCUCAAAACUUGGCUUCUUCAAACCCUACAUUUCUUAUGAUGUAUCUGUUUGCUUUUAAUAUAUGCCUAGACUUCAAAACAUUUAUGUCCUAUGAGAUUUCAAAUUCUGUAUUAGCUAUAUAUGGCUAAUCCCCUCAAAGAUUUCUUCCAGUGCUACUUGUGGAGAAGUCACGGAGAAACAAAACCUCUGCUAGUCCCAGACAAGUAGGAACUGCAAGCUUUGUUUGAAGGCAAGUCUCCUACUUAAUUCAUGUAAGGAUGGUAGACAAUGUAUCAAGAACUCCUCCUGAAUAUACAAGAAUACAUGGAUAACCAGUGGUAAUUACUGCAUUUGCCUUCAUUGUGGUGAUCAUUUUUUA